GCGUUGUGAGAUUUGUAGCGUUUGUGUAUAAGCGCUCCGGAGUUUAAUCACUGCACGCCCGUGCAGGACGCCCGUGUGUGUGUGCGCGCGUGUGUUUACACUGUCUGCAGACGGUGGGAUUUGUGCUGAAUGUAGGCCAGCAGAAUCCCUCUUACGUCAAAGGCAGGCAGGCAGAUGCAGGGAGAGAGCUGCUGCAGACGCUGCUGCUGCUGCUAGUGGUGGUAGUUUGUGAGUGCAGCUGUGGCCAUGGAGGAGGAGGAGGCUGUGGCGCACAUCAGUCCGCCAGAGCAGCGCCGGUGGUGAACAGGGAGAGGACGCGGAAAGAAAGAGAGAGAGUGAGAGUGAUUGAGAGAACGCCCAACGAUGAAGACCGUCCUCAGCCUGCACAGGAAAUGGGCCCACGCGGUCAAGACCAUACGUAUCCUGCAGGGACUCAACCCGGUCAUGGAGGAGACCGUGUGGGAGCAGUACACCGUGACCCUGCAGAGGGAUCCGAAAAUGGGCUUUGGCAUCGCAGUGUCAGGGGGACGAGACAACCCCAACGAUGAAAGUGGCGAGACGUCCAUCGUGGUGUCCGACGUCCUGCAAGGAGGACCUGCUGAUGGCUUGUUGUUUGAGAAUGAUCGAGUGGUGCAGGUGAACGCCAUCCCCAUGGAUGGAGCCAUCCACUCCUUCGCCGUGAACACCCUCAGGAAGUGUGGCAAAGUAGCCAAAAUAACAGUCAAGAGGCCCAGGAAGGUUCCAGUAAAUCUUCUGAAUGGUCCCCCAUCACCCGAUGACAGAGUCUUCAACAACGACUACAAUGACGACUACAACUACGAUCAGGACCGCCGCAGCGUGUACAGCGCCCGCAGUGGGGGGCGCGAGCACAGCCCGGACAGGGAUCGAGGCGGCAGAGGUUACGUGGAUUCUGGCUACCAAACACGCGAGCGUGACUACGACAGAGACUAUGACCGGCGGGAGCGGGGCAGGAGCGCCGAGAGAGAACUGAGCCCGGACCGGCAGCCCAGGAGAGACGGCAGCAGGGGUCGAAUGCUGGAUAAAGAACGCAGCCCGGAUCGCCGCUACAGGAGCGACCACAUGUUGGAUCGCGACUACAGCCCAGACAGAAGGUACCGCAGCGAGCGAGCGCUGGAUCGAGACCACAGUCCCGACCGGCGCUACCGCAGCGAGCGAACCCUUGACCGCGAGUACAGCCCGGACCGGCGCUUCCGCAGCGAGCGAGCACUGGACCGCCACCAAAGCCCGGCACCCAGCCACGGGCGCGACCACAGCUUCGAACGGGGACGGGAACGCCUCCCCAGUGACCCGAGGAAGUACGACGAGCCGAUAAAGCGGAGCGGAAGCAGGGACCGCCUGGACCGCUCACCAUCACCCGUCGCCAUGCCCAUCCCUAUGCCACGUCCUGUCCGGGACCACGAGCCACUGGAGAAACCUAUGAACGUGCUGCUGCUCAAGAACCAGCCCAACGAAGAGUACGGCCUUCGUCUGGGCAGCCAGCUCUUCAUCAAAGAGAUGACCAGCACUGGACUCGCCAGCAGAGAUGGAAACCUGCAGGAAGGAGACAUAAUACUGAAGAUUAACGGCACAGUGACAGAAAACCUGUCUCUCAGCGACGCGGGGAAACUAAUCGAAAAGUCUCGCGGGAAGCUGCAGCUGGUGGUGCAGAGAGACAAACAGCAGGUGUUGAUCCGUGUCCCCCCGAUGGUGGACAGCGACUCAGAGCUCGAUGAUAUCUCUGAGAUCGAGUCGUACCGCUCCUACUCUCCGCAGGACGACAGGCGGGGCCACCACUCCGACCUCUCCUCCCAUUCCUCCAAUGAGAGGCUCAGAGAGAAGCCCAGAGAGGAUCCGCCUAAGAGGUUGGCAAAAAUGGGCGCCAUGCCAACACCAUUCAGAGGUUUGGAGAGAGCGGUGGAGGACUUGCCCCCGCUGCAGUCAGAGAAGGAGGAGCCACGAGCAGAAACGCCACCAGCACCAGCAAUUGCGGUAGGCCCAAAGUUUCACGUUCCUCCAAAGGUGCCUCUUAAGCCAAGUAUACAUGACCAAGAAGUAUACGGGCCGAACACAGUGAUGGUGCGUUUCCAGAAAGGUGACAGCGUGGGUCUGAGGCUGGCGGGAGGAAACGAUGUGGGCAUCUUCAUUGCUGGUGUUCAGGAGGACAGCGCAGCUGAGCAGGAGGGUCUGCGCACAGGAGAUCAGAUCAUGAAGGUGAACAACAUGGACUUCAGAGGUAUGGUGCGUGAGGAUGCGGUCCUCUACCUCCUGGAGGUUCCCAAAGGAGAAGAUGUAACCAUUCUCGCUCAGAGCAAACCUGAAGUGUACAAAGACAUUUUAGCAUCUGGCAGAGGCGACUCUUUCUUCAUCAGGACCCACUUUGAGUAUGAGAAGGAAGCACCUCAGAGCCUUCCUUUCACCAGAGGAGAGAUCUUCAAAGUGACAGACACUCUUUACGACGGCAAGCUGGGCAACUGGCUGGCAAUCCGUACGGACAAAGACAACCAGCUGCUGGAGAAAGGGAUCAUCCCAAACAAGAGCAGAGCAGAGCAAAUGUCCAAUGUCCAGAACGCUGCCCGGGCCGCAUCGGGCAAUGACAGAGGAGACUUCUGGAGGCUGAGAGGUCAAAGGGCGGCAAAGAAGAAAGAUCUCCGCAAGAGCCGAGAGGACCUGUCAGCUGCUCCGGUCACCACACGAUUCCCAGCCUACGAGAGGGUGGUCCUACGUGAAGCUGGUUUCAAGAGACCUGUGGUGAUCUUUGGGCCCAUUUCUGACAUAGUGAAUGAGAAACUGGCCAACGACAUGCCAGACGACUUUGUUGUCGCCAAAACGGAGCCCAAGGAUGCAGGAACCGAGAAAUCCUCUGGAGUGGUGAGACUAAACACCAUUCGACAAAUCAUUGAACAGGACCGCCAUGCCUUGUUGGACGUGACCCCCAAAGCCGUGGACACCCUGAACUACACCCAGUGGUACCCCAUCGUCGUUUUCAUGAACCCAGACAGCAAGCAAGGCGUCAAGACCAUGAGGAACCGCCUGGCUCCCGGAUCCAGCCGCAGCGCUCGCAAACUGUACGAGCAGUCCGUCAAACUGAGGAAGACGUGCACCCACCUUUUCACUUCAUCCAUCGACCUGAACUCAGCCCAUGACGCAUGGUACGGCAGCAUGAAAGAUUCAAUCCGGGAGCAGCAGGACAGAUCUGUGUGGGUGUGUGAGGGCAAGCUUGACGGCUCAGAGGAGGACCUGGAUCUCCACGACGACCGCAUGUCUUACCUGUCGGCGAUGAGCGCGGACUACCUGAGCAUGGACAGCCGGCUGACCAGCGACUACGAAGACACGGCAGACGAGGGCGGGGCGUACACCGACAAUGAGCUGGACGAGACGCUGGACGAACCUCAGCCUGUGUCGGCCAUCAGUCGAUCCUCAGAGCCCGUGCUGCCAGACGAGAAGCCUCACCCUGAACCCCGGGGUCGUAUGAGGAGGGCAGGCAGCAGAGAGGUGCUGAACAGAGGGCCCAGUCCUCCCCCUGCGUUUGUCCCUGAACCCCCGAAGGUGCGACCUCAUACUCGGACUGACUCAUCACGCAGCUAUGACUCACACUCCAGCAGCACCAUCAGCAGCGACGCGGUCGGAGCCAACAAACCGCUUCCCCCUCCUGUGGCCCUGAAGCCCACCGUACGUCUGAACCAGCCGGCAGAGGAGCAGAGCCCGAGGAAGGAGGAGGCGGACCCCGCCAACAAGUCCUUCCUGGGCAAGAUUAAAGCCUUUGAGAAGAUGGACCACCUGGCCCGAGCUCAGAGGAUGCUGGAGCUGCAGGAGGCAGAAAAUGCUCGAUUGGAAAUUGCCCAGAAGCAUCCAGACAUCUACGCCAUCCCAGUCAAACUGCCAAAACCCAACCUCAACCGUCCUCAGCCAAUAGGUUCAAGCUCCAAUCCCGAGCCACAGACUCCCUCCAGGCCACCGUACUCGGAGACGAGAGGACACGAAGACGAGGAGGCCGAGUACCGCCGACAGCUGGCCGACCAGAACAAGAGAGGCUACUACAAUCACCAAAAAUACAAAGACACUGAGCUGUAGGUUCAUAGUCAGGACAUCGUCACAACACGACCGCUCAAGUCCUUCCACAUUGAUGCAAUGAGCAUUACAGCACCCGUUACCCCGGUAACAGGUGAUGCAGCCUCAUCUCGAUAUAAACUCUCAGAAGUUUUUUGCAUGUGCAGUGAGAUUCCUGGGAAGACUCUGAUUUCAGACACUUUUCAACACAAGUUUGUACAGAGAGUGUUUGAUCAGCCUGGAUAGUACAAGUGCAAGUACACUGUGUUGUUUCUUUGUUUUUUUUUUACCUUCGCACCCGUCCCGAAAAAAAAAAAAGAACGGGAGAUUUUUUUUCUCUUGUGCUUUUUUCAGACCUGAUAUUUCACUGUAUAUAUUUGGUUUUUUAAUGUGUCUGAAGAGUUUUUUGUUACAAGUGAGGUUUGUUUCCUCUCAUUACACUAAAUACAGAGCUCUACUUCCUCUCAUAUCACAAUUAUUUAGUCACAGAGUUAAGCAUCUGUUUUUCUGAAAGAUAAAUACCAUGUGAAUAACUAAUAAUCCAGAAUCCUCAAAAAUCCCUCAGGGAUUAAAAAUGAUUAUUCUUCACUACAUGAAAAAAAAAAACGUAGUUUAAGUGUCACCUUGCUGUUUCCUUUCCUGGAAGCUGCUGUUGUGUCUCUUUGCUUGCUUUUUAGAAAGAAGAAAAUAAUAAUCAUGAUAUAUUCUAUGAAAAUAAUAUGAAUAUAGGCAAAUAUAACUCAAAUUUUGUUUCACUUUUGUACAAAUUGAGCAAGAAAAUAAUGUGUGUCACGUCUGGUUACCAUCUUUGUUUUAGAUGUAGAAAGUCAUAACUUCAACAAUGGGUAAUAAUAACAGAAGUGUUUAUUAAAUAUGCAGUAGACAGAAUAUUUGUUCAUCCAGAUGAUUUGAAGAGUCUUUGAGGAUUCUAGAAACUCAGAACCGUGUUGUUGUUCAAAGACCUGCAUUUUUUAAAGAUUUCUGAGUAUUUAUGUUUUAGAAAAACCUUAUAAAAACAGGUAAUACAUGACACCAUGCUGCACCCAAACCACUGCAGAUUGCACAGUGUAUCUGGACUGUUUGGGUUUUACAUUUUAUUAAUGAGCCAUGUAUGGCUUAUAACAUUUUUCCACACUAUUAACAAGCAUGUUUAUUCAACACUAAUGUUAAAAUUAGCGUGUCAGUUUGGGUCAUGCUCCGUGUCAGCAGCUGCUCUGUUAGUAGGUGGGUGUUGGACUUCCUCCUCCUCCUCCUCUUCCUCACUCUCAUGUCAAGUCUUCUGAUGAAUUGUUCAUCUCUACAUUCCCAACUGAACAUUUGUAUAUACAGUGCGCUAUGUGAUAUAUGUGUGCAUUUUUGGGGAAGCAGCACAUUUUCAAGUGCCUUGUAGCUCUUAAUGGACAAAAGCAUCAGACUGCUUCAAAUAGAAACAUGUUCCAUAAUGUGGACCAAACAAUAGAAGACAGGUGACUUUUUUAUGGAGACAGAUAAAAUAGUUCUAGAUUUAAUUAACUGGAAACCUUUCUUUUUUAAUUUACCGUCUAACUUCUUUAGUAUGGAAGCACAUCCGCUUCACCAAAGAAAAAUGAUUAGAAGUCAUAAUAACACAUAAAUAAUUAAGUUUCAAAGGAUCUGAAUAUUACCAGAUUCAUGAAAUCUGUCUUAAUGAGUACAAAUUAUGAGAUAUGAAGUCAUAAUUACAACAUGAGGAUCUUUUAAACAUAGUCAUCUCUGUUAAUUAUGAGAUGUGAUCUAAUCACUACAAGUUUAGUUUAAAAUGACAAGAAAACGUUUCCUCCUUUGUGUGUUUGGUGAAUUUGCCUGCACAGCAUUUCUGUAUUGAAUUCAACUGGAACAGACAGAGCUGGUAAAUGUUCAAGAUUUCACCUGUUACAAUGUUUGACAAUGAUUCAGACUCUGAGGUGGACGUAAGCUGCUUGUAACCAGAGAUAAUACCAUUUUUAAUUGUUUUUAUAUUGAAUUCACGCUCAAAUCAGCCUCUGAGGUCUCUGUACACGAGCGUGUCGGGGAUGUGGUGACGACAAUCACGUUGGUUGAUCAGUUUCUUUUUAAAGUGUCAGUUUGUGAUUUUUCUCCCUUUUUUUCUUCUUUUUUUGUUUGUGAUCUCCUGAGUAUUAUGGAACAGACUCAUGGGAAUUUUAAUAAAUAAAUAAAUAGUUUUUUUUU